CCCAUUAUUUAAGACGUGACCUUAGACGAGUUUCACUUGAUCAGUGAUUACGCUUAUCAGUGGCAUAUGUAUGCUAUUGAUAGCUGCUCCUCUCACAUAGAUCAGAGUGGGUUUAUAAAAAAGCCACAGCGGCUGGCGGCAGUUCAGUUAUAAUCCAGCAGCGCAAGUGAAUAGAAUCUUUAAUAAACUAUGCGCAAUUUGUGUCAACAGCUGCUGCUGCUGAUAGCGGCCAUUAACUGCGCAUUGGCCAGCACCGAUGCCAGCUAUGACCUGCAGGCCAAGACGUUCAUUGAGCAGUCAAGCGAGCGCUACUAUAAAUUCUACAAUCAGAUAGCCGCCGAGACCUAUACAGCCAACAAUGAGGAGGACUUUGAAGCGCUCUACUCAAAGCUCACCAAUGUCAAACGCAUUGCGGAUGAGCUUGUGCGCAUAUCACGCGAAGCUAGCGGCUUUGAUGUAAGCAAAGUACAAAAUGAAACGCUUAAGCUGGCGCUCAAGGAGCUGCGCAGCGUGGGCGAUUUAUUCGUCUUGGGUGAGGAGUACUUUUCCUCGGUGCAGAUGAACUUGGCGGCGCUACAGAAGCUGUCGACGGACAAGGACAUUGAGCCGUAUAUGGGCGGCGCUAAGCAGCCCAAUGAAGAUGACAGUCCGCUGGCCUAUUAUCCGGAUAUACAGAAGAUAGUGCAGCAUAGCAGCGAUGCGGAUGAACUCAAAUACUACUGGGAAACUUGGCGCGAUAAGAACCAAAUCUGGGCUUCGGUUAACUUCUAUACGAUUGUAGAGGCUUAUCGCAAGGCAGCGGGAAUUUUGGAGAUGCCCGUGCAUGAGCUUUGGUAUCGCUAUGACAGCCAGGAGAUGCUGCAGCAAAUGGAGCAGGUUAUGCAGGAGCUGAAGCCUGCCUAUGAGCAGCUGCACGCCUUUGUGCGUCAAGAGCUGCAUAAGAAAUACGGCGCUGAGGUCGUGAAUGCCCAGGGGCCCAUACCCGAUCACUUGUUUCAGCAGGUGUUGGAGCAGGCCUGGGAGACAGACAGCAUAAUUGAAUCCUAUUUUCCACGUCGUGAGCUGCCGCAGUAUGAUGACUUUGUGCGUCAGUUAAGCGCCAAGGCACUGGUCAAUGAAUCCGAACGUUUCUUCACCUCGCUGGGCUUUCAGCCAUUGAGUGCGGAGUUUCACAAAGAUCAGCUCAAGGAGCCCAAUGAGGAUAGGCCAGAUGAUGAUUGUCGUCCCUCGCUGUUUGAUUUGACGCCACAUGUUUAUAUGAUGUACUGCGAGAAGGUGAGCUUUAGAAAAUUGAUGCAGUACCACGCCCAAAUGGGGCGUGUCUACUACGCCGAGCAGAAGAAGCAGCUGCCUUCGUAUUAUUUCAAAGCCUAUAAUUUGGAGUAUCCUGUGGGUGAAGCCGUUGUGCUCUCCGCCUCCUCGCCCACGCAUUUAACCUCGCGUGGCUUGGCCAAGAGCGAACAGUUUCCAGAAAAAGCGCUAACAAAUCGACUGUUCCGCAUGGGCAUUCACACCAUUCUGAACAUACCGCUUUUCUAUGUGCACACCAGAGUGAUGCAUGAUCUAUUAAACGGCACUGUGGACAUGGACACUGUAAACAAGCACUACUGGAAACUAAUGGAGCUGCAUGCAGGCAUUGAGCCGCCAACAGAUCGCGCAGAAGGCGCCAUUGAUUUUCCCUACAAGUUCUAUGUGAACAUUGAGCAAAACUAUCAAACCAAAAAAUUCAUUUCGGAAAUUUUGGGCUAUCAAUUCUAUCGCGCUUUAUGUGAGAAGAGCAAUCAUCGCGGUCUGCUGCACAAUUGCGAUUUCUAUGGCAACUACGCCGUGGGCAACAGUCUCAAAGCUAUGAUGUCAUUGGGCUCUACCAAGCCCUGGAAGCAAGUGGUGAGCGAAAUAUUGCCUAAAAAUACAGGUCUUAGUAGUCUGGCACUGCUCGAGUACUAUCAGCCCAUUGUCAAUUGGCUUAACACGAAUAAUCAACAGACUAAAGUCAAAAUUGGCUGGAAUGCCAGCAGCAAAAAAAUUGUUUAACUUUGUUUCAACCUGUAAUUUUGCCAAUAAAUGUGACUUGAGACAGCCUUUAUAUAUUUAAAUGUCAGUUUGAAUAAGCGCGCAGCGAAAAUCGUUUUAC